GGGGAGCCGAGGGCCAUGGGGAUGCGGCGCUGGGCGCUGCUGGCCGCGCUGCUGGCCGCGCUGUGCGGGCCCGCGGCGGGCGGCGGGCGGCGGCGGGCGGCCAGCCUGGGCGAGAUGCUGCGGGAGGUGGAGGCGCUGAUGGAGGACACGCAGCACAAGCUGCGCAACGCCGUGCAGGAGAUGGAAGCUGAAGAGGAAGGGGCAAAAAAGCUGUCAGAAGUCAGCUUUGAGGACUUACCUCCCAACUACCAUAACGAGUCCAACACGGAAACCAGAGUGGGCAACAGAACUGUUCAGACCCAUCAAGAAAUUGAUAAGGUUACAGAUAACAAAACUGGAUCAACAGUUUUUUCUGAGACAGUUGUUACAUCCAUAAGAGAUGGAGAAAACAAAAGGAAUCAUGAGUGCAUCAUUGAUGAGGACUGUGAGCCAGGGAGGUAUUGCCAGUUCUCCACCCUGGAAUACAAAUGUCAGCUCUGCAAGCCCCAGCACACAGCCUGCUCUCGGGAUCUGGAGUGCUGUGGGGAGCAGCUCUGUGUCUGGGGUCAGUGCAGCAGCUCCAUGUCCAGAGGGGAGAAUGGCACCAUCUGUGAGAGCCAGCACGACUGCAGCCCUGGCACCUGCUGUGCCUUCCACAAAGAGCUUCUGUUUCCUGUGUGCACACCCUUACCCGAGGAGGGGCAGCCCUGCCAUGAUCCUUCCAACAGACUUCUCAACCUCAUCACCUGGGACCUGGAGCCCGAUGGGGUGCUGGAGCAGUGCCCCUGUGCAGGUGGCUUGAGCUGCCAGCCUCAGAGCCACAGCACCACAUCCGUGUGCCAGCUGUCUGCCAAUGACACACAGCACCCUGAAAGAGAAGAUGCCCUCCUCAUGGAUGAGAUGCCCUUUCUCAGCCUGAUCCCUCAAGAUCUCCUCUCUGAUUACGAGGAAAGCAGCGUCAUCCAGGAAGUGAGGAGAGAAUUAGAAAGCCUGGAGGACCAAGCAGGCUGGAAGCCUGAGCCUGAGGCAGCUCAGGAGCUGGUUUUGGGAGAUGAAAUCUGAAGCCCAAGCACCAGCUUAGUUAGUUAUUUCUAGAUUUAUUUUUUUGUUUAGUAUCUUGCUUGUUUGAACCCUGAACACACACUACUGGAUAGAAGUGCAAUAAACAAGGCACUCAAGGAGCAUCCUGCUCUGUGCACAAAUCCUGCAUGUCCCUGUGCAGUUCGUGCUACUGUGGAAUUCAUUCAGUCCCUGCCUUCAAACCUUCUGCCAAAUGGGAACCAUAGGAGGGCUCCUCUGGAUUUGUACUUUCCUCUUGUAUGUCAGAAAUAAACUUCUUUGUACUUGUACUCAUUAAAAAAUA